AUGUUACGAUCAAAGACAUUUUUGUGUUGUUUAUCGUUGAAAGUUGGCGGAUAUAUUAUUGCAUUUAUAAACUUAGUCGGUAUUGCGUCUGGCUGUGCAUAUGCUGUUAAGCAAUUCUCAUAUUUACACAAUGAACUUUUCACCAUAAGUAUACUCAUAUUGAUUGGAAUUGUUGCCCUUUUUUGGACACUCAUGAAUAUCUUCUUCAUUUCAAGCGUACGAAAGUUGGACCCGCACGGAGUCGUCGACUAUCUCAACAUAAUGCUCAUGAUAACAGUCUUUGCAUUUGUCGUAAAUCUUGUCGAGAUCGGUUACGUCAUCAGACAAUUGUACAGAAACCGAACAAUUAUAUUCCCAUGGGAUGUCCUUAUCAUACCGCCAAUUGUCUUCAUCAUUCAAUUUUAUUUUACAAUAAUUAUUGAGUCACUGUAUCGGAAGUGUGAAGAUAAGGGCGAAGAUGAUCGAGAGCGGGUGUCAAUUGUGCCAGUUGAAAUACGUGGAUAUGAGAAUCAAGUGAUGAAGAGGCAAAUUGAAGCGAAUGGACGAGUAUUAUUGGAGACAGAUGUGUGA